GUUUACGACAGAUUUGCAGUCGGAGUAUUCUGAAAGUUGGAAAAGAAGGAACAGUGACAGCUGAAAACUUGAGGAAAAAAAACCACAGAGGAAACUUGCAUACUUGGCGAGGUGUGGACUCAGCAUGAACAAAAAUCGUCUCUUAUUUGGAAUUCCAAACGACAGAAAUUGCUUCGUUGCAAUUUUUACAUUACAUCUCAAAGUGGAUAGAGUUCUCAAUUUUUGAAAGACUAGAGAGUUAAGUGUUAACAAUGUCGCAUUCAAUUUCAUCCACCGACGAUGAAUUUGGAGACAUUGUUUUGUUUCCACUUACCUUCAGUGAUGAUGAAGAAGAACAAGAAGAUUUAACCGAAAGUUCAAACGAUGCCUCUGAUGAGAGGGAAUCGGAGAAUGAAGUGGAGGAGAUCAAACCGAAAGCUCAUAUGACAUUGCGACAGAGGCGACUCUCAAAGUCUUACGCCCCUCUCGCCAAUUUGAAAUUGAAAGUAAAACCAGGCCAGUCUCGUGCACAGAACCACUGGAUUAUGGCCAUCAAAAAGGCAAGAGACCUUUCUGAUCCCUGGGCUAGCUUUCAUAUUGAGGACAUUAAAACUGAAUUCUGCAUUAGACAUCGAUACAACCCUCACAAAAAGACGUGGACCAAGGAUGAAGUUCAGGUCAAAAUGAUGCAGAAGCCCUUUAAUAGAGGUGCAAUGAGACAAUGCUUCAGGCUCAAGAAGAUAUCCACAUUUUCCCGCAGCGGCGACUGGAGCCAUGCACAGAAUUACGUUGCUAAGCGAUACAUCGAGAAGGUGGAUCGAGACGUGUACUUCCAAGAUGUCCGUCUGCAGAUGGAUGCCAAAGUGUGGGGGGAGGAGUACAACCGACACAACCCUCCAAAGAAGGUGGACAUUUUCCAGAUGUAUAUUUUGGAGUUCAAGGACAGGCCUGGGGAGCCCCUGUAUCACCUGGAACACUUCAUCGAGGGCGAGUACAUCAAGUACAACUCAAACUCGGGCUUUGUGGACGAAAAUCUAAGAUACACUCCCCAGGCUUUCAGUCACUUCACCUUUGAGAGAUCGGCUCACAACCUGAUUGUUGUGGACAUCCAGGGGGUGGGGGAUCUGUACACUGACCCACAGAUCCACACGGUUGGGUCUUGUGAAUACGGGGACGGAAACCUUGGGGCCAAAGGCAUGGCCCUGUUCUUCCACUCCCACAUCUGUAAUGACAUCUGCAACAGCCUCAAUCUGACCGAGUUUGACUUGUCUCCCAGAGAAAUUGCAACUCAUAAGGACUUCUUAAGAGCCCAGAGAAAGUCCAUCAUGCAGACCAAAGUUCGAGGAGAAAUUGAACAGUGUCUGUCCCUAUCUCCCUCAUCUGAGAAGAUCGACAUCACAAGAUUCCUGGACUACCAGAGGACCUGUUCCACUGGGGUCAGUGAUGGUCACACCCCCACAGACCUGGACAGCCCAAGCAUGGACGACGAGGAACCCAUGUCUGUAGACAGCCCCAGUCCCUCAGGGGUCCCGUACGGGGUCCGCUUUAGGUCACCAAGUGACACUGAUAGCCAGUCAUCCAUGACCAAAGAGGGAUGCAGAAGUAGCAAGGAAAGGUCCCCUAUAUACGAGGAGGAGGAGGAGGCAUUCAACAGGAUGGCUGGAUCACAGAACGCCCGACCCUCCUGUGUGGCCCUCGAGAAAGACUUCCGCAAACUGAUGAACCACAAGAUCGGGGACUCCAUUCUAGGAAAGGUUCACCAUGAAAUGGCAAAGUACCAUGAGGUCGGGCGAUUUGUAUUGGGUGAUUCCAAGGAUGAAAAGUUAAUUGAUUGGGAGUCGGCCAUCUUUCAUGAGGAGCACGCAGCAGAACUUGGGGAGCUGGAGGCCAUGGUGACAAUGGCUAAGCUGUAUCUGGGUCAGGAUAGGGAAGUACUGGUCAACUGUGUGGUAGAGCCAUCUGAUGAGCACACUAAUCGUGGGGUCGAUUUUAUGGUGGAAGCAGCAGAGGCAGGGGACCGAGGAGCCAUGGUCUACAUGGGCCGCGCUUUUGAGACAGGCGUUGGGCUUGGUACCCUAAGGUCAGUUUCCUGGGAGGAUUCUGUUUACUGGUAUGAGCAGGCAGUGAAGACACAAGACCAUGAUGAAGGAGGGCAGUUUGACUGCACCAUCAACGACCCCUCCUACACGCUGAUGGCCAAACAGGCAGAGAUGUACAGACAGGGGGGACACGGUCUAGAUAAGGACCCCCAGAGAGCAGGAGAUUUAUAUAAUGAGGCAGCAGAGGCUGCUAUGGAAGCCAUGAAGGGGCGUCUUGCCAACAAGUACUUCGCCUUGGCUGAAGAGGCAUAUGGCGAAAUGGAGGAAGAAGAGGUAGAGACCACUGGAUAGUGGAACUGUGAAGAGGGGGCCCCACAAGGGGCAAUGAUGCUACAAUAUAUACUUAUGAAGAGGGGGCCCCAAAAAGGGGGAUCAAGUUCUGGAGAGAAAUAAACUCGGCGAUGCUGGAAUAUGUACAUGUGCAUGUAUAUAUAGGUUGUAGACAGAUUUGUAUUGACACCUUAAAAAGGAUCUCAUUUACUAAUGAAAAAAAAACCAUUGAUGCAACUUGCUGUUUUAUUAUGUCUAUUAGUUUAUAUUCCUGAAAUUGUGAUUCCUCACUGUAUAUCUGCAAUGCUGCUUUGAAAGAAAUUAUGCAUAGCAAAAAGUGAAAAGAAACCAACCCAAUGUUGUAAGUUAAUGCUUAGGAGUGGAAAUUCACCCUAGUGUUGAGAUUAUUGCUAUAAUGCUCUCUAUGUUACCAGGUAUAAUAAUCUGCUCUUAGUUUACUCUUUCAUGUUUGCAUAUAAAUUUGAAUGUUUUUUAUAGCAAAACCCUUAACAAGCAAAGUUAUUCUUAUGGUUUAUUACCAUAUUGAUUUUUUCUAUACAAUUUGAUAUGUGUAUUAUUGUGUUGAGUUUAUGUACAUUAUGUCUUUAAUGUUGGUGUUUGCCUGUAAAAAAAAAAAUUACCUCUUGUGCUCCAUUGAAAAUUUUUUUCAAGUCUUAUAUAGGCCUAUGUGUGAAAAAAAUGUUAAAGCUGACAAAAACCAGAAUACAAUAUUUUUAAACUCAUAUUUAUGCAAAUUUUCAAUAUGUAGUAACCCAAGAAAUGUAGUUUUCAUAAAGAUGUGGCUUCAUUGGAUAAGUGGAUGUUGAAAUAAGAGCAAGACUUCAAAAGUCACAUACUGUAGAUACAAAUACCUCUAUACAUGCUACCAACUUGUUGGAAUUGUUAAAGGUUGGUUGCAAGGUUUUUUUUUCAAAUUAAGUUACAAUGUCUGAUCACUGUUCUUUGGAUGUUGUUUGAGAAAGAUGUCAUAAUUAUGCUGAAUAUUUUUUAUGGAAAAUACAGAUAUUCAUAAAAACCUUUUUAAU